CUUUGACAGGUUCGCAGGCGUCUUGGAUCGGGCAGCCCAUCCGAAACGUCCACGACCUAACCAGCCGGGCGACCCAACAAGACCCGGAACGCAACUUCAAUUGGUUACACGCAAUCGCGCACAUCCUUUCCCGGCACCAGAAUACCCCCAUCGCAAUCACCAUAACCAUCGCAUCCAUCGCAUCCAUCGCAUACAACGCAUCAAUUGCAUUACCACCUCUUAGUCGACUUCAACACGGUCCACUUCCCGAAACGAUUGUCUUAUGGAUCAGGCGGCAUAUUCUUCCCAAUUCAUGAUAGCCUGUCAGAAGGUCCCGUUGAUCUAGUCAACCGCCAAAAUGUCGGAGAGCGACAAGUACGAGCUUCUAGAAAAGAUCGGCCAUGGCUCGUUCGGCAUCAUCCGAAAGGUGCGGCGCAAAGCCGACGGCAUGAUCCUCUGCCGCAAGGAGAUCAGCUACCUCAAGAUGUCGCAAAAGGAGCGCGAACAGUUGCACGCCGAGUUCUCGAUCCUCUCGACCCUACGUCAUCCCAACAUCGUCGGAUACUACCACCGCGAACAUCUCAAAGCGACCCAAGACCUACAUCUCUACAUGGAAUACUGUGGCAAUGGCGACCUGGGCCGUGUUAUCCGCAACCUUAUUAAGAAUAACCAGUACGCGGAAGAAUCGUUCGUCUGGAGUAUCUUUGCCCAGCUUGUCACCGCUUUGUACCGCUGCCACUAUGGCGUCGACCCUCCAGAAGUCGGCAAGACCGUCCUUGGCUUGGGCGCAACAGCAAAGCCAAAGCCUCCUUCGGGUGGCAUGACUAUUCUGCACCGCGAUCUCAAGCCCGAGAACGUGUUCCUGGGCGAAGACAACUCGGUAAAGCUUGGAGACUUCGGACUCUCCAAAGUCAUGCAAUCGCACGACUUUGCCUCGACCUACGUUGGCACCCCCUUCUACAUGUCGCCGGAAAUCUGCGCGGCAGAAAAAUACACAUUAAAGUCGGACAUUUGGUCAUUAGGAUGCAUCAUAUACGAGCUUUGCGCCCGAGAGCCCCCAUUCAACGCCAAGACGCAUUACCAGCUGGUUCAGAAGAUCAAGGAGGGAAAGAUCGCGCCAUUACCUUCCGUUUACUCCGGAGAACUCUUUGCAACAAUCAAGGAUUGCCUGCGCGUGAACCCCGAUCGAAGGCCCGACACAGCCACACUCCUCAACCUGCCGAUUGUACGAUUGAUGAGGAAAGAAAAGGAAGUUGUGGAAUUCAGCAGGACUCUCAGAACGAAAGAGGUGACCCUUAACAAGCGCAUCCGCGAGCUUGACAGCAAGUUGUCCGCGCUCGAAACCGAAAAAUCGUCUAUACGCGCCGAGAUCGAUGCUUCGCUGAGAAGGGAAUGGGAAGUCAAGGCGCGGUUGGAGAUUGACCGUCUGGUGGCUCAGGAAAUCGAAUCUCUACAACAAAAGUUCGAGCAGGAGGUUCAGGCGCGGGUGGAAGCAGAGCUACAACGACACGGGAGAGGACUCAUGUUCAACAGUCAUGGCCAGCAGGGCUCAUUCUCUUCGACUGCUGCUACAUUGGUGUCUGACUUCAACCAGUCCUCAGUCGGUAGCGGCGACGGCGACUUUCCUUCUACCACGGACAUUACCGAUAUCUCGAUUGCUGAGUCUACUGAUGGCUUUGAUAUCACCAAGAAGAUCCCACGAACACCCUUUCACAGAGCGCAGACAUAUUCUUCGGCCCCCGCCGAAUCGGUUCUUGGCACGCCAAUGGACAUCGAAAUGGCCUCACCAUCACCUAUCACGAUCGCUUCCCUUUCCCUUUCACCCCGUCGGAUGGCUUUGACAAAAGCCCCGACCACAAACCCAAGGAUGAUUUUUGGUGAGGAGCAAACUUCUACAGACAAGAGCAACUGGGAGGUUCCAAGGGAAACAGAGAUGAUAGACUCUGGCGACGAGUCCGAGGCGGAGGCUCUGGUUCCUUCACCGAAACCUAUCAUUAAAUCCAGCAAGAACCCUUUCAGUACUAUCACAACCAGGUCGAGGCCGUCGCUCAACUCGCAACAAAAGUCUAAUCCUCUUCCUAUCCACGGUUUGCGCUCCAAACAGACGUUAGCCACCCGCUCUAAGACAGUUAGUGGAGUUUCGUCAAUAGGACAACAUCCCCUUCGUUCCGCACCCAGCGCUCCCGCCCUGCGAGACCGCAAACCCAGCCCAACCCGACGACUCAGUAGGAUACCGUCGGUAACGGGCGUGGUCAGGAGACUUAGCGCGAACAACAACAGCGGCAGCAACAGUGGCAGCGACGCGCCAUCCUCCACCGUCACAUCCAACAUCACUGUCAGAACAAGGGGUCUCAAGCGGAUGUCAUCCACGUGCGAUGAAUCGUCGUUCAACCAACAAUCAAACCAACAGCCACAACAACCACUGCCACAAGCUCCGCCUCUUAAGAAGAUCGGACUUAUGGCCACCAAGAACAUUCGCGGAAGCUCGCUCGUCGAGCUGCACCAGGCUCGCGCCGGUGGUAGGCCCAUCAGCGCGAUCAUGUCCAACGAAGCCAAACUACGCGCAUUUAAGGAACACGCGACGAUUGCCGCGUCAGACAGCAGCAGCACCAGCAGCAGCGGACAGCAGCAAUUACCGACACGACCACGAUCACAACCCCAACCGAUAACCGCCAACUUCGAGCAGCAGCAGCAGCAGCAGCAAAGUAAUACCAAUAGUACCUCCUCUUCCAACAGUGCAGGCAGCGGCAGCGCCACUGGAACAGGAACUGGGGCUGGGACAAAGUCGAUACCAUGGCCGGUAGCUCCCGUAUGGAAUCGGGAGGUGGAGACGGAGGAGAUGCCCAGUCCGUUUAUUGUGAAGACCUCGAAAAGGCCAGCGAGCUUUGUGAGGCCGGCGUCGAAUUUGAGUCAUCAGAGCUAGACCGACUGAUUGAUUCAUGACGGACAUCUUCGCUCACCCGCUUGCUUCAUCAUCAUCAUCAUUAACAUCAAUCCAUGGUUACUUCUUUCUCCUUGACCAUUUUCAUUCGGGUUUCAUCAAAGCGUUUUCUGGUUCGGGUUCUAGUUCUGGCAUAGGUCCAAGUUGGAUCAGCAAAUGCAU